AUGUCGCUCAUCGCUGCUAGUUUCCUAGCGAGCAGGAUAGCGCAUGGAAGUGUAAUGAAUAUUCCAAUAUUCCACCUUUCCAAUAUUCAUUCUUUAGAAAUAUCUCAUCGCUCAAAGGAAUUUGCUGAGCUCCUGCAAGAAACCAAGCAGCUUCUUCGGGAACUUAUGAGUGUUCCUGACGAAUUCGAGAUUCUCUUUAUGCAAGGUGGAGGCACUGGACAAUUCGCUGCAGUCCCGAUGAAUUUAAAGGGCGAUCAUGAGUUCGCUGAUUAUAUGGUUACCGGUGCGUGGUCGAAUAAAGCCGCCGAAGAAGGAAGUAAGUACCUCCGAGUGAAGAAGGUCUUCACGCCAAGCAAACCAUAUGUAACAAUUCCGGAUGAGAGCCAGUGGGAUCACGACAAGGAUGCCGCUUUCCUGUACUACUGCGCCAAUGAAACCGUGCACGGCAUUGAAUUUCCCUCUGCUCCAAAACCCGCGCACGGAGUACCGUUGGUUGCCGAUAUUUCGUCGAAUUUCCUAUCUCGUCCCUUCGACUUCUCCAAUCAUGGCGUCGUAUUCGGCGGUACACAGAAGAACCUCGGAACUGCAGGCGUUACCGUCGUGAUGCAUCAACCGACAACGCCAGCUAUUCUCUGCUACAAAGAGAUGAGUGACAACAAUAGCCUGUACAACACUCCCACAGUUUUCGGGUAUGCUGUCUUCUUCGGACACCUAGACAUUGACCUGUUUUUCAGUCAGCGAAACAAAGCUGGCAUGUUGUACGACAUCAUUGACAAUUCGAACAGUUUCUACAAAUGUGCAGUGAAUAGGAAAUAUCGCAGUAAUAUGAACGUUUGCUUCCGAAUCAAGGACAGUGACGAGCAGUUGGAGGCUGAGUUCUUAAAAGGAGCCACAGACAGAGGGAUGCUCUCACUCAAGGGACACAGGUCGGUGGGUGGCAUCCGUGCUUCUCUGUACAACGCAGUGACUUUGGAAGAGACAGCGUGUUUGGCUAGCUGGAUGCGCGAAUUCAUGGCCUCUCACGCGGAGUAA